AUGGCGUCUGGGAGUAGAUUUUCGUUUGCUGAUAUGCAAAAUCCUCUGUUUUUGCAUCCGAGUGAUGGACCGACUUCGAUAAAUGUGUCCAAACUCCAAGGAGCAACAGAUUACAGGUCGUGGAGGCGAUCUAUGGAAAUUCAGCUAUCAUCGAAGCGUAAGCUCGGUUUUGUGACUGGAUCUGAAGAACGAAGCAUGACUGAUGCUACUGAUGCAGUGCAGUGGGAUACCUGCAAUAAUAUGGUGAUUUCGUGGCUGCAUAACAAUUUAUCAGAAUCAAUCAAGAAAAGUAUUCUGUUUGUGAACUCUGCGUAUGAGGUAUGGAAAUUGUUAGAAAAACGUUUUCAAGUUUCCAAUGGUUCUCGCAAGUACAAACUUAAUAGAGAAUUGUUUAAUCUCAAACAAAAUGGAUCCACACUAGUUGAGUAUUUUACUGCUUUAAGCUCGAUUUGGGAGGAAAUUGAUGAUAUGAAUGCUUUACCUGUGUUCGUAAAUCUAACUGAUGAAAUUAGGGCUUUUACUAAAGCACUAGAUGUUCAGAAACAAGAAUCGAAACUGUUUCAAUUCUUGAAUGGACUGGAUGAUGCUUAUAAUGCUCAACGUAGUCAAAUUCUGAUGAUGAGUCCUUUACCGACUGUUGAGAUUGCAACAUCUAUGAUUCAACAAGAAGAAUCACAGAGAGAUAUUCUCAAGCAGUCUCAAGGACCAGAAAUAGCUGUUAUGUACAGUAAAUCGAAUGUUAAUGCUGAUAAGAUUUGUUCUGAAUGUGGUGGAAAAGGUCACAUUAGAGAAUCAUGUUAG